AUGCAAGAAAGAUCGUCUUCUAGAAGAAGUUCGAUAAGUUCAUCGUCGACCACUUGCUCAACUGGGAAAUUGAGCAUUAGAAGUAUGUCUACUGAUAAUCUUAUUACGGUGGAGGACAAAUUCUUGAAGAAAUCAUCUAAAAAAUCACCUGUUGGAUUUCAAGGCACUCCACGACUUGAUCUGCUUGAUUCUAAAAAUUUUGAACAAUAUCAUAAAACAGGGACGGGAAUCUAUUACUUUCCGAAUGGUGAAGUGUUUCGUCCGAGAAGCUCACGUUCUAAAAGAAGUAAGCCUUUCAAACUUCAAACUCAAACGAGGUCGAAUGACCAAAUGAAUAAUCAUCUCGCUCGUAGUAAGUCUAAUGAGUCAAAUUCUAGGGCUUCAUCAAUGACAUCUACUUCUUCUGCGUCACCCUUGCUGCCUGGCGUUCCAAGAAGUGCAUCUUUUAGAAGCUUAACGAACAGAAAUAAGCAUAACUUGGCUAAGAACUUGAGAUCAAGCAAACUGGAUAUUAACACCAACAUUGCUCUCACUAGUGGGAGCUCAGCUAGUCUAAGUGAUAAUGGGACACAAAAAUUACAGUCGACAAAUUUACUCUUAAAGAAUGGAUCUUUAGGCUCUUUGACAGAUGAUGUUUUAAAGUCAUCUGAUUCCACGACUUCAAGUUUGUUUAAUUAUAAGUUGAACAAUAGCUCUUCCAAUACACCAAGUACGUCAAUUAACACAAGCGAAGAAAGUCAUGAAGUAUACCUCGACUUAAAAUCGGAUCAUUCUACGGAGACCGAGGACUUUAACUUAUCCACUUUGAACGAAAUCAGCGAAGACAACAUUGCAAGUAAGGCCAAAUCAGAUGACUAUAAUACAAAAGACAAUCUGUCUUCUUCUUAUGAAACGUCGUCGAAUAUAACAGUAUCUCAAAAUGACAGCAAUGAUGAUGGUGAAAGUCUGGAUUAUUUCUCGGAAGCUGUCGAUCAUAAUCUGCUCGAAAGUGAGUGUGAGCACGAAGGCAAGGCUUCCGAGUUGGAAAUUGGUUCUCAAAAUCUUACUCACGAAAUUGCUGACAAAAAGAUUUAUGAUGGAUCGGUUUCUCAUAACGAGGGAGACUCACGUAAAGCUGCGGACGUUAAAGGGUAUCCUGAAGAUAUUCUUAAGGAGAAUAAAGAUGUAGACGAUGAAGCUGUACAAAAUAAGCAGAAAGGUUUAGAAGGGCUGAAUAGGUUAGACAAGGAUUUGGAUGUCAUCAGUGAUAACCAUGAACUGGAGAAUAACAUAGCUCCAGAUGCUGAAAGUAAAUCGGAAGUCAUGGACACUAUAAGUAUUAUUGAAGAUAAAAUUGAAUCUGAAGAAAUAAGAGAAAAAGAAAGGAUCGGGGAAGAAGUAGAUGAAGAAGCGCAAAAUCAAAUUUCUGACGAAGACUCUGAUGAGACAAUGAAAAAUGAGAUCCCGAUUUCCAUCGGUUUAAUUGAAGAAGAAAGUUGUAGUCCAAGCAAUGGGAAAUUGCAAAAUACGGGUUCAGAUGGUGAAAGUUUUAACAAUUCCUCAGAGGAUAGAGAUACUAUGACAGAAUCUCAGGAGUAUGAUUAUAGAGCAAAAAAUGCUAAUGCACGGACUAGCCUGACUACCCUGUCCUCAGUAGAAGCAAAACGAGAUAUCCAGGUUACUGAUUCAGGCGAUAUUGAAGAUUCUAAGUCAUCCCACUUGGAACAGAAACCCGAAGAAUCGACUAACGAUCAUGAGGAAAUAAAGUUAGAGGAUAUGAAAUCAGAAAGUUCAGACAGCUCUUCGAAGUCAGAGACAUUUUAUGAGACAGAGCAAGAUGUUACUAAGUUCAUCAAUGAUACGCAGACAGAGGUGCCUCCGAGAGGCGAUAUUGAAGUGAUAGAUAAAAGCAAAAUUAAGAGACAUCACCGCGCGAGCUCUUCUAUUUCUUCUUUCAAUUCGAUAUCGAAAGUACAAGAAAAUGAGUUUAAAAUGGCUUCACCAAAAGAGAGUAUUUCUGCUGAAAGGGUUGAGAAAGAUGAUUCACCAAAAGAGAUUAUUCAAAGUUCUGCAUUGGACAGGAGUGAUCAAACAGCUUUUUUUAGCAAUAAUUCAACGCCAACUUCUCCAACUGCUUCUGAAAUCCAUGCUGCCCAAGAUUCGAGCUCUAAUGAAUACGAAACGCACAACAGGUCUCUACAGAAGCCAGUUUCAUCCAUGCUACUUUCUAUGGAACUUGUUGGAGAAACAUCGAAGUCACCUAAAGGACCUUCCCCGCCACAAGUUCCUUCUAAGAAGACAACCAAGGUUGCCAAGUCCUCUCCAAUUGAGCAGCCUACUAAGAGGUCAUCUGUUUAUUUCUCUAGUGAUAAGAAGAAAUCCCCAUCGAUUGCGAACUUCAAAUUGUUGUGGAGUAAGUUAACUGGAAAGAAAGAGGUUUCAGAAGCGAGAGCGCAAAAGACUGAAAGGAUAUCGUUUCAAAGUAAGCAAUCAAGAACUCGAGAUACUGCCAACAAAUUUAAAAAAUCAUUUCUGUUAAGUAACUUGAAGGUUGGUAGAGACCCUAAGGAAAAUGAAUAUCAGCUGGGUAAAGUGGGUUCUUCUCAAAGAUUGCUUGAGGAUGAAACAUUCCAAAUAUCAAAUUCAUUUCAAAUUGCAGAACCUCUUACUCUUCCUAAGCUCUCGGUCUUGGAUUCAGAAAGUAACAUGCUUGACGAAGUCUUGCACGAGUUCGACGAAAGACUCGAGCAAGAUGAUGCUUCUCCUGUCGAUAUUGGCUUGCAUAGUAAGUUGAACGAACCAUUCCUAAAAGAUGACGAGCUAACACGCGAUCAAAUCGAGGAUCAGCAAAUAAAGGAUAUGCCCAUUGAAGUGGACAGGUCAGAUAACAGCAGUACAGAAGAAUCUUAUGUUGACGAUAACAUAAGGUUUAUACAAGAGGAAUUUUUUUGGCCAGAAUUCGAAGACCAAAGCUCAAACACCGAGAUAAAAGAUAAUUCUAAAGAGAUUCCUGUUCCCUUGCAGGAAUCGGACUUCAACGACGAGACGAUUGUGUUGAAUAGCCAACAAUUGAACUCUGUUUUCAAUGAUUUACCUGAGUAUCAGAAGAGGAGCCUACCCGCUCAUUUGAAAUAUGUGGAGCAAUUCAAAGGAUGCAAUUUUAUUGAAGUGAACGUCAAAAAGUUUGAAGAUUUGGCCUCUAUCGAAUUUAUUUCAACUCCUCGGUCAGCUACUUCUUCAAUACUAAAGAAAGUUAAUUCAGCAUCUGGAAACAAGAAGGUGCUGUUUUCAAAUAAGAUAUCAAUCAACGAAACAUUCCCUGCUGAAAUGUAUAAACGAUACAACAAGUGUGUUACUCAUUAUACUUUGACGGAAGCAUCUGAAGUUAACAAGAUCAAGACAGAACUCAAUAGUUACAAAUGUAACGAAAUGCUUGUUCACGAAGACUCACAGGACAAUACACAAUUCUUUUAUUAA